AUGAAAAACCACAGUUGGAUUAGAAAGAACUGGCUUCUUGUGGCUGGGGUGACUUUCGUAGGCGUCCAUCUUGGAACUUACUUUAUACAGAAAGCUGCGAAAGAGUCUGUGAGGUCUCAGUCCAGAGACAAAAGAAUAUUGAAGAAUGAAGCAAAAUAAAUACUUGGAAUUGUUAAUGUCAUUAAGUUAAUGUAUGCUGGUUAUUGUUUGAAAGCCACAUGAUUUUGUAGCCGGAAGUACUGCUCUUGCAAACUCAUACCUGGAGAAUAGUUUUUAAUGUUAAAACACAUGACAGUGCAACAAAUGCAAAAUGUACACAAAAUAAAGUUGCCUUCAGUUACACCUGAA